GCCGACUUUGUGAACACUGCUCAGUUGCCCGCAACAUUUGGUCUGAUUACUGGACAGCGUUGCAGACCAGCCAACGAGUGUCCUUCGAACGGUACCCAACAGCUACCGACAGUCGAGGUGCCGGCCGAGGGUCUGGACCUGCCCGGCGUACCGGCCCUCACAACUGAGAAGCGGGAGGAAUUCUUGAAGGCCCUGCGCAAGAGUUUAGAUGUCUUCGUCAACCGCAUGCGCAUCAACAUCUUCCUGGAGCAGCUGCAAGACCAAACGAUGCAACUGCGGGAAGCUCGUGAGGCACUGGAUGCCCUCCGAAAUGAGCAUGCCGAGCAACGACGUCGAGAGGAGGAGGAGGCCCAGCGACUCCGCCAGUUCCAGAUGAUGCAGAAGGUGGAGGCCUUGCGACAGCAGAAGCAGGUACCCCCUUUUCUUUCUUAA